CCCGCCCCUGUCGGCCUCUCACGCAGCGGCGUACCGGGUUUCCUCCCCCACCCCUUUCUUUGACCAAUCAGGAAACGGCUUCAAGGGAGCGCGCGAGGUUUCCUUCCCCGCGCACCCACUCUCACCGUUAAACGGCUGCGUCUCGCGACAAUCCGAAAGUGACCUUCCCCCCCCCGCUCCGGAGAUCAACGGGCGCUAGAGGUGGUGGGAGGGGCAGGUCUCGCGAGGGAGGCUAGUAGGAAGAAAACGCACCUCUUUCCCCGCCUGGCGCGCACCCUGGACUGGCUGCGCGCGCACCUGCCUCCCUUAGGAGCCGCUAAUGCCACCAGGGCUCUUUCUAGCCUCAAUUCGUGGAAACAGUCUGGUCGUUCUUCUGCCUCCACCCUGAGUCCCACUUUCCUGUCUUUGGCUUUUUUAUCCCCAGCGUCGCCAGGUCUUGCACAGUGACGGGGGACUUUUUUCAGCUGUCGCUUCUCCUUUAAGAAAAAAAGUCCCGUCGGCUGCCGGAUGAAAGUCUCAACAAAAUGGCGGUGGUAGAACGGAGGCGGGGUCGUGGGGGGCAAUGAGAGCCCGCCUCUUGGCGCAUGCGUAUGGUUAACUUUCCCAAAGGUACCCUGGGAUAUGAAGUCCUAGCUACUUUGGCCUGCGGCUAAAAAAAGAAACCGAGACGGAGAGGGUGCUGGUGCUGGUGACUGGUGCUCCAUGGGAAAAGUAGUUUACUCUCCGCGGUCCGAUUUUACUUUUCUAGGGACUCGACGGCACUGGGUUUUAGGUUGGCAGUGCCUCCGGGGUGGGCCGUGACGCCUGCGCAGUGCCGGCCCAAGUGGCGAGGGAGCUGUUGGUCAGCGAGGGUUGUUUUGGGCUUUUUCUUUAGCGUUGGCGUAAUGCUUCUUUCCUUGGCAUCUCCCCCGGGGCCGGCUAGGGUUCAUGUCUACAUUAUUCGUGUUGCCAUCCUGUUUCUGAUCUACUAGCCUGUGGACCUCUGGAAAGCAGGAACUGAAUCUGAUUUGGCUAGGUCCUGAGGGGCCUAGCGCAAUGCCUAGCAUUCAGUCAGCUCUUAAUAAAAGUUUGUGGAACGAAUUAUAGAAUUGAUUCUCUACCAGACGUUGUUAGGGCAUCAAGAAGCUGGCGACUGCUGCAUACCUUUUGGGUUGUGGUUCCUGAGAUGGAGGGAAGGGCAAAGGGUUGUUAGCGUGUCUCAGGUGACCUCCCCAGGGAAGCUGAAGGUCUACCUCAUGCUUCCUGUCCCGAAGACACCUGCGGUUUAUGAAUGUUUCAACUGCACAGGAAACACAGAAUUGCAGCUUUGUCAAAAGUUAUUUGUCUGCCCAAUACCGUGUGUAACUAAAUUGUCCUGAUGCGCCAAAAGGGAGUUUCCAUUUGCUCAUUUCUAAGUCGCAAUCAGUGAUGCAGUUGGCCUCUUGCAUCUCGUUCUUUCGACCGUUAUACUCAAGGAACGAUUUGAAAGAACAGUCCUUUAACUCUGGAAAAUAAAGCAUCCGAGGUUAAAAGCCCCAGAAGGAUGAGAAUGGAAACAGGAUCUGGGAUCCUAUUCUAGAUUUCACGUUAAAAAUUCAGUUAAACUGUAGAUGCAGUGCAGUUAUUUGCCAGCCAAGUGCUGAAGUGCGGUUUUCCUUCCAGUAUUUUGGCUCAGUUACCACUUAAGGUUAGGCAAAUGUUUUAUAUUCUCUACUGAGUGUUUUGCACUUUCAUAGAACUAAUGUCAUUUUCAGUUGUAAAAAUUGUUUGAUAGAGUGUGGAUGGAAAUUUUUUCAUACCCAUGCUUGCAGUGAGCAGGCUCUUGGAACAGCACUGACAUCCAGUGGUUACUCGGAGUAAUGCAGAACGGGAAUCUUAAUUAAAAAAACAAAAAAGUCUUACAGACACAAUGGAAUGGAAAAUGAAUGAUCUCUUUAGAUUAACCUAAAAAGAGAACAUUGUGUUGUAGAGAAAAGGUGAUGGACUUUGAAGUCAAACUGGAUUAUAGUAGGUAGCUAACAAAGCUACCUACUAAUUCUGUCAAGCAAGUUACUAUCCUUGAACUUAUUUCACCGCUGGUAAAAAUGGUGAUAAUACUUAUUUCACAGGACCCUAAUUGUAGUUCUUUACAUACUGCCUUCUCUGACUCAUUUGGUAAAUUUUUAUUUCAUUCAAGGUGAGUAAAAUCUCAGUGGUAAAAAGGUGAAAGUUAACCUCAGUAUCACUUUGCAAAGAAACUGCUCUAAGGCAAUGCAGCUAGGCAGGAAGUUUGCUGAAUCGAGAUGUCACCAGUUUAGCACCUGGUGUCUUAAACCUUCCAGUUUCAUUUUUCUUUUUUCAUGCUGUUAGCGGCUGUUGAGUUGGCGCUAUUCAUGGUGACCUUAUGUAUAACAGAACAAAACAGUGCCUUAUCCUGGACCAUCCUCACGAUCGUUCCUAUGUUUGAGCCUAUUGCUGUAGCCACCAUGUUGAUCCAUCUCAUGGAGGAUUUCCCUUUUUACCAUGGGGUCACACGAGUCAGUGUUGACUCAACAGCAGCCAACAAAAUCAGUACCACUUUACCAAAUAUGAUCUUUUCUGAUGACGGGCCCUCUAUAGAUGUUUGACUUUUGAACCCCUGAAAUAAGCCAGGCCCUGGCAAUGCAAAUAUGAAUAAACAUCAACCCUGCCUUUUAAGGAUUUACAAUUUAUUCAGGAAAGGGAUAAGUGUAAUUUCUGAAUAAUGAAGUAAAAAAAAAAGACAACAAAAUGAAUUGGGUGCUGGUUAGCUCUGAUGGAAAUUUUAUGGUCACUGUGCCUCUAUUGUCACCCACGUUCACAGAAGAAAGCAAGUUUCCUGAUGUACAGUCACAGUGGGACCCAUACUGAGAAAAUACACAAGCACAAAUCUGCCAUUUCCAUGACUUAAAGAUGAGUUCUGGCAUGUAGUAAGUAGUGAAAUUUUGCUAAAUUAUUUUGACUCUUCCUUGCCAGUCCACCACAGGAAUUCAAAUCUUACAACCUGCCUAUGUCCUAUUUCAUUUUAAAACUGUGACCUACCAAAAAAAAAAAAAAAAAAUCACCAAAUCAAAAGAGAGGAAGUGCUAAGCAAAUACAGGAACCAGAAAGGGUUAUAGAGGCUGCUUCAUGCUGUCUCAUUCAGUUCCUUUGUGGUCUUCUUCUUCAGCACAUGCAAAAGCAGUUCCUUACAACCUGUGGGACCAGAGUAUCUUGGGUGUGUGACAAUGGAAGAGUUGGGUGAGUGGAGCUGCUUUGAGGAGAAACUGAGGGAAUGAAGACUUGGCUGCCCUGUCUAUGUAUGGUGGGAUGUACUUCUAGCCAGAUUGACAGCAGUACUCGGAGAUUUUAUUUUCACUUCUCUGCUUUCUUCGGCCAACCAAGAGUGAGACAUGAGGAACUAUGAUUGUUUGGGGGAAAGCCAGGUUCACUCUUUGUAGUAGCACAACAGAGAGCUUGGUGCUAACCACAGGGUAAACUUUACAGAAAUACUUUUGGACUGAGUCGUGAUUGAAACUGUCAUUUUUAACAUGGGCAUUUUGCCCCUUGGGAGAUACAGGAGGUUAUAGGGUAGUCACACAGCUACAGGGAUGUGAUUUGGGGGGAAGAAAGGAAGAAAGAAAAUGGAGAAGGGGAAAGGGUGUUUUGAGGAAGAGAAAUGGAGUCGAAGCACAAGAAUGAGGGAUCUGCAGAGGCUGGAGAAAAGCCAAGGUGGUUUCGUUUUUGUUUCUGGAUUAGUGUUGAAUCAGUGAUUUUGGCACUAAGCUUUUUAUUCAGAGGAAUUCUGAAGGAACAGAUUACUAUGGCCUACAAACAUGAUACCUCCUCCCACCACAAGGCAAUUAAAACCAGCAGUGGAACGAUUAGCCACUUUAACUGGGGAGGUCCCGCUUUCAGAUCUUUGGAGUAAAGUAAAGCCUGUCAUUCUUGGGACUUAUUUUUUUAGGCUUUGCCAAUGUUUGUUCCAGCAUCCUUGCUGACACCAAGUCACUCCCUAACCUUUACCCAAUUUCCAAGCUGUAUUAAUUCUACAGUGUCCUGGGCUUUAGCGUGUUGCAAGUGUAAACAACAACAAAAAACACAUAUUGGACAUUGUCCUUUUUUUUUUUUUUCUAAUUGUUUUGGGGGUGUGAUUUGAGGGCUGGGCACAUAGAGGAUGCAAGAAAGUCAAAUAACCAAAACCCACUGCUGUCGAGUUGAUUCCAAUUUAUAAAGAGAAGACCGUUGAAUGAAGAGGAGAAGGUGUUGUUUAACAAACAUCGAACUAUUGUUGAUGUAAAGUCUAUUUUGAUCCUUGGGGAUAGAUGCAUUUUGGACUUGGGGUAGAAUCCAAAUUCUUAUCCUGUGUGUGAGGGUUGGGGAUAUCUACAUUUCUGCCAAGUUCCAGUAGUCUCUCUGUCUCUCUCUCUCUACUUUUUUUAAUUUUAGGCAUACCUAAUAGUUUUCAUGUAGGUUAUUCAAAUAGGAACUAAUGUUUAUUCAGUGUCUCAGGCUAAAGUGAGGCAUUUUUAUAUAUGGGAAUCAUUCUAGGGUCUGCAGCAACCCUCUGUAGUAGGUAAUGUUCACUUUUUUUCAGAUGAGAAACCAGGAAAAAAUGAAAUCAUUUCUUCAAGGUCACUCUCAGGAGCAUCUGACACCAAAGCCAAUUAAGUUACAAGGCAUUUCUCCUUUUUUGAAAAGUGCAUUGGCUCAGGUGUUCCCCCCAAUGGAACAACCCACAUAAUAAAAAACAAGUAGAUUUGCACAGUUUUGCAUUUCCUGAGCAAGACGAAUGGUAGAGAAAUCUGGUCUAGAAAUAUAGAAAGUACCAAGCAGCCUGGAAGCUAACGUUUGUGUCGAUUAUCCAGAUGGCUACACCUCAGUAGCUGUUGAUGUCGACACCUGAACAGCUUCUUCAUAUGGUCAUCAGCCUAAUAGCUACUUAUGCCUUAUUGGAGGAACUGGAAAAUUCCACCCUCCAGGACAGUGAUGAAUAUUCCAGCCCAGCCUCUCCUCCCCUGAAUCAGCAUUCCAGAAAGGAGACUGACUUUACUGAGACUUCAAAGGUUCCUUCUCAGGAUGACACAACUUCCUUGCAGGCGCAGCUCGCGUAUACUGCCAGUAUCCAGGAGCCCGAUACGUACAGCAAGCUCCAAAAGCCAAAGAAAUCACCACCACCUCCUAAAACCGCAGCAGCUGCUCAAUUGGAUGAGCUCAUGGCCCACCUGUGUGAAAUGCAGCCCGAGGUUGUAGUAAAAGCAGAUGUGGGCAAGAAGCACUUAUCAGACAAGCAGGAUCACAAGGCCUCCCUGGACUCCAUGCUAGGGGGUUUGGAGCAGGACUUGCAGGACCUUGGGAUUGCCACAGUGCCCAAGGGUCACUGUGCUUCCUGCCAGAAACCAAUUGCUGGAAAGGUGAUCCAUGCUCUAGGGCAAGCAUGGCAUCCAGAGCACUUUGUCUGCACUCACUGCAAAGGAGAAAUCAGCUCCAGCCCCUUUUUUGAGCGGGGUGGCUUGGCUUACUGCUCCAAGGAUUACCACCACCUUUUUUCUCCACGCUGUGCCUACUGUGCUGCUCCCAUCCUGGAUAAAGUGCUGACGGCAAUGAACCAGACCUGGCACCCAGAGCACUUCUUCUGCUCUCACUGUGGAGAGGUGUUUGGAACAGAAGGCUUUCAUGAGAAGGACAACAAGCCAUAUUGCCGGAAGGAUUUCUUAGCCAUGUUCUCACCCAAGUGUGGUGGAUGCAAUCGCCCAGUGUUGGAGAACUACCUGUCAGCCAUGGACACUGUCUGGCACCCGGAGUGCUUUGUGUGUGGGGACUGCUUCAGCACUUUUUCUACUGGUUCCUUCUUUGAACUGGAUGGACGUCCGUUCUGCGAGCUUCAUUACCAUCACCGCCGAGGAACCCUGUGCCGUGGGUGCGGUCAGCCCAUCACUGGCCGCUGCAUCAGUGCCAUGGGGCACAAGUUCCAUCCGGAGCACUUUGUGUGUUCUUUCUGCCUGACACAGUUGUCAAAGGGCAUCUUCAGGGAGCAGAAUGACAAGACUUAUUGCCUACCUUGCUUCAAUAAGCUCUUCCCCCUGUAAUCUUACCUUGAACCCACAGCAGCUUCAGACCCUCUAGAAAAUUUAAACCAAGAGAUGAAAGAGCACAGUUGCUGUUACUGACCUUCUGCUUAAUAGGCUUAUAGAGAAAGUAAGUUUAGGCCAUGACAGGGCUUAAAAAUUUCAGUAUUACCCUCCAUGCUAGCAAUCUAUGUUGUCACUAAAUAAGGCAACAAGCCAAUUAUGUGUUCUCUGGAAAUCCUAACAGUGCUGAUCAAUUCCAGUUCUCAUCCUUCCCCUUUUCCUUCUUCUUCCUCCCCCUCCUCCUUCUCUUCUUCUUCAACUUCUUCUUCUAAUCAGGUGCCUGAAUUUAGAUCUGGGUCCUACUGUCUAAUCCCUCUGCAGAUGUAUUUUCCACAUGCACAUAAUCAGUGUGCCACUGGUUUUCUCACAUUUCUCAAUUUUUACCCCCUACUGAUGGCCCAACUUAUAUCCUCUCCCCUGUGGCCCUCGUAACUCUCCCCUUUCAGUUUCCCCAUUUUCCAGUGCCUCACUUUCCCACAGUCACUGCUGUGGCCUUUAUCCCCAUUAUCGAGAAUUGUGAUACCUCUCUUAAACUAUAUCUUCCCUCAGUGUAUUUCUCUUUCUCAAGGGGAAGUGGAUUUUAACUGGACAAUGCUGAGUCCUGACAUCACUGAUAAAUAAAAUGGCUUGCAGUUUGAAUGACUCAUUGUUGUAUUUGUUUGAGAGAUAAACUUUCUGCUUCCCAUAUGUGUGUGUAUAUAUAUUGCACUAUGUGAACCUAAACCUGUAUAAUACCUCUUGUUCCUUCCAUACAGCAUGCACUUUUUUUUAAAAUCAGAAGAGAUUAAAAGGAC